AUGAGGGUAACGGAGGUGAUUAUAGAUGGCUUCAAAUCCUACGCCGUUCGAACAGUCAUAUCAGGAUGGGACGAGAGCUUCAACUCGAUUACCGGCUUGAACGGUAGUGGCAAGUCCAAUAUUCUGGACGCCAUCUGCUUCGUUCUCGGUAUUACAAACAUGUCGACGGUGCGAGCCCAAAAUUUACAGGAUUUGAUCUACAAGCGCGGUCAAGCCGGUGUCACCAAAGCCAGCGUCACGAUCGUGUUCGAUAAUAGAGAUAAACAAAAGUCGCCAAUUGGAUUUGAAGAGUAUGCGACUAUCAGCGUCACUAGACAGAUCGUUCUAGGAGGCACCUCGAAGUAUCUAAUAAAUGGACACCGAGCACAGCAACAGACAGUCCAAAACCUCUUCCAAUCUGUACAGCUGAAUAUAAAUAAUCCCAACUUCCUUAUCAUGCAAGGUCGAAUCACCAAGGUGCUGAACAUGAAGGCCGUCGAGAUAUUAGCUAUGAUCGAGGAAGCAGCCGGCACAAGGAUGUUUGAGGACCGAAGAGAUAAGGCAUUAAAAACUAUGGCGAAAAAGGAAAUGAAACUUCAAGAGAUCACUGAGCUCUUGCGCGACGAAAUUGAGCCUAAGCUUGAGAAGCUACGGACCGAGAAGAGAGCUUUCCUAGAUUUCCAACAAACACAAAAUGACUUGGAGCGCUUAACGAGAGUAGUAGUCGCACACGACUACCUGAGGUACCAGGAGAGACUAGAGCAAUCUGCGACUGAUUUGGAGAAUAAGAAACAACGACAGAAAGACCUUGAAGAUUCCGCGGCCAGGCUAAAGAGCGAGAUAUCCCAUCUCGAAGAAGAUGUUAAGAGAGUGAAAGCGGAAAGGGACAAAGAGCUGAGAAAGGGAGGUAAAGCCCAAGCGUUAGAAGAUCAAGUCAAGAAGCACUCUAACGAGCUGGUUCGACUCGCCACCGUCAUGGACUUGAAGAAGUCCAGUAAAGCCGAGGAAGAAGAGAAGAAGACUGCGGUGCAGAAGAAUGUUGCCGAAUUAGAGGCAGCCUUGAAGGAGAAGACGAAAGCUUACGAGAAAACCAAGGCCAAGUACGACGAGGCGAAGGAAGCAAACGAGAAGCAGAACCAGGAGGCAGAGUCGAAAGAAGAAUUGCUUCAGACAUUACAAACAGGUGUCGCAUCCAAAGAAGGACAAGAAAGCGGCUACCAAGGUCAACUGCAAGAUGCGAAGAAUCGGGUUGCGGCGGCAGCUACUGAACAGGAGCAAGCCAAAAUUAAAGUAGCCCAUCUUGAGAAACGAAUCAAGGAGGAAGAGCCCCGAGCUAAAAAGGCCAAAGAACAAAACGCCGGCUUGUUAAAAGAGCUAGAUGGCCUCAGGACCCAGUCGCAGAAGCUACAUGCCCAACUUGCGAAGCUCGGUUUCGAGCCAGGACAAGAAGAAGAGAUGUACAAGCAAGAGUCGACAUUGCAGCAAACCAUCAGAGGCUUACGCCAAGAGGCAGAUGUUCUAAAACGCAAGGUUGCUAAUAUUGACUUCAACUAUGCUGACCCAACUCCCAAUUUCGAUCGCUCGAAAGUCAAGGGGUUGGUCGCCCAAUUAUUUACCCUUGACAAAGAGCAUACGAGAGCCGGCACGGCUUUAGAGAUAUGCGCCGGCGGUCGUCUGUAUAAUGUUGUUGUAGACAGCGAAGUUACGGGUACACAAUUAUUACAAGGCGGUAAAUUACGGAAGAGAGUUACCUUUAUUCCCUUGAACAAGAUCGACACAUCCAAAGCUUCGGCGCAGACAAUUGCUACAGCUCAAAACAUUGCCCCCGGUAAGGUCGAUUUAGCUCUAUCCAUCGUAGGGUACGAUAACGAGGUAUCCGCGGCAAUGAUAUAUAUCUUCGGAAAUACCUUAAUCUGCCAAGACACUGAGAUAGCUAAGAGGGUGACUUUCGAUCCCAAUGUAAGGAUGAGGAGUAUUACUCUUGAAGGCGAUGCGUACGACCCUUCGGGGACGCUCUCGGGCGGCAGUGCGCCUAAAUCCAGUGGCGUAUUGGUCACAUUGCAGAAGCUAAACGAGAUCAACCGCCAACUUAAAGAAGCAGAGCGUUCUUUACAUGGUCUCCAGACCAGGAUCUCUCAAGAAAAGUCUAAACUCGACCAGGCUCGUAAGAUCAAGCAGGAUCUCGAUCUUAAGGCACACGAAAUCAAACUCGCGGAAGAGCAAAUUAGUGGCAACUCUUCAUCAUCAAUCAUCCAGGAGGUGGAAAAUAUGAAGGAGGCGAUCAUACAACUCAAGAAUGAGAGUGCUGAAGCUAAGAAGAGGCAGGCCGAGGCCAGCGCAGAUGUCAAGAGGAUCGAGAAGGAUAUGAAAGACUUUGAAAACAACAAAGAUUCGAAACUUGUAGAACUUCAAGCUUCUCUAGACAAGUUGCGGGCGACGUUGGCUAAAAACUCGAGUACCGUCAAAACUUUACAGAAAGAGCUUCAAGGUGCUCAGCUGGACUCGGAACAGGUUUCAGGUGAUCUCGCCGCCGCGAGGGAGCAGCUACAAGAAGUUGAGUUGGCUAUCAAGUCACAGCAGGAGGAGAUCGAGGACCUUAUCAAGAAACAGUCGCAGUUACAAGAGACUCACGACCUCGUACAAGCACAGCUUGACGACGAAAGGGCCAAAUUGACCGGGUUUGAUGAUGAGCUGCAUGCGCUUGAAGAGGCAAUCCGGUCAAAGAAUAGUCGGAUUGCCGAAGAAGGUCUUGAAAAGCAAAAGCUUGGUCACACAGUUGACAAAUUCCACAAGGAACAGCAACAUGCGAUACAAGCUGUGGCGAACAUGGAGAAGGAGUUCGAUUGGAUUGCCGAAGAGAAGGACAACUUUGGCCGCACGGGGACACCGUACGACUUCAAGGGCCAGAACAUCACGGAGUGCAAAGCCACGCUGAAGACGCUCACGGACCGGUUCCAGGGCAUGAAGAAAAAGAUCAAUCCCAAGGUCAUGAACAUGAUCGAUAGCGUCGAGAAGAAAGAGGUGUCGCUUAAGCACAUGAUGAAGACGGUCAUCCGUGAUAAGCGCAAGAUCGAGGAAACUAUCAUCAGCCUCGACGACUACAAGAAGAAAGCCCUCCUCCAGACCUGGGAGAAGGUCAACGGUGACUUCGGCCAGAUAUUCUCUGAACUAUUGCCCGGUGGCAGCUUCGCGAAACUAGACCCGCCCGAGGGCAAAACUAUUAACGAGGGUCUAGAGGUCAAGGUCUGCCUAGGCAAGGUGUGGAAGCAGAGCUUAACAGAGCUAAGUGGUGGUCAACGAUCGCUCGUGGCACUGUCGCUUAUCAUGGCACUACUACAGUUCAAGCCAGCGCCCAUGUACAUCUUAGACGAGGUGGAUGCGGCGCUGGACCUGUCGCACACGCAAAAUAUCGGUCGCCUCAUCAAGACACGCUUCAAGGGCUCUCAGUUCAUCGUUGUCUCCCUCAAAGACGGCAUGUUCCAGAACGCAAACCGCAUCUUCCGCACCCGAUUCAGCGAGGGUACGAGUAUGGUACAGGCCCUUACCGCCGCGGACUUUAAGUAG